CCAACUGUCAUAUUUAUGUCCAGCUGAUUGCGUUGUGUGCGAGAGUUGAUGUUCCGGUACCGUUUUUGAUCAACAUCAUCAGCAAAGUACACAAUUUUCACCGGCAAACAUUUAAUUUAUUCUGUAAUUGCUCAGCUAAAUAUUUCCUCCAAACACCAUGUCGUUCGCAACUAAAGCCCUGCUCCGCAACAUUCCGCAGUUAUCCAAGCUGGCCAGCUCCGGAACCGUCCAGAAGAACCUGUUCCAUACUGCCCGCGCUCUGAGUGUCGCUCAAGUCCAAAAGCCGGCUCCUCCAUUCAGCGGAACGGCCGUCGUCAACAAUGACUUCAAGGAAAUCAAACUGGCCGACUUCAAAGGAAAGUAUCUGGUGCUGUUCUUCUACCCGUUGGAUUUCACCUUUGUCUGUCCCACGGAGAUCAUCGCCUUCAGUGAUCGCAUCAAAGAUUUCCACGCGCUGAACGCCGAAGUCGUCGGAGUGUCCGUCGAUUCGCACUUUUCUCACCUGGCCUGGUGCAACACGCCACGAAAGAGCGGCGGUCUUGGCAAGCUCGAGUACCCGUUGCUGGCCGAUCUGACCAAGAAAAUUUCCGCCGAUUACGGUGUGCUGCUGGAGGAGGCCGGAAUCUCGCUCCGUGGUCUGUUCAUUAUCGAUCCGAACGGAGUGGUGCGUCAGGUUACGAUCAACGAUCUGCCCGUGGGCCGCUCGGUCGACGAAACGUUGCGCCUGAUUAAGGCGUUCCAGUUUGUGGAAAAGCACGGCGAAGUUUGCCCGGCCAAUUGGGACCCAAAGGCCAACGCCGAUACCAUCAAGCCGGACCCGAAGGGAUCGAAGGAAUAUUUCAAUAAGCAUGGUUAGGUGUUGAUUUUGUGUUGUUUGGAAGUGGAAUAAACGUAUGGCAUUUGGCUUUGAAAAUAAAAUUGAA